AUGGUUUACCAACCGAAAAGACACCAGAGGAUCGAUGGCCCUGUCAACUUGCUGUCUUUGGAUGGCGGUGGGGUUCGUGGGAUUUCAGAGGUGGUAAUGCUUCACGGGAUCAUGCAGAGGGUGCAGAAACUCGAAAAUCUCAAGGAGUUGCCGAAGCCAUGCGAGUACUUCCACAUUAUGGGCGGCACCAGUACUGGAGGACUGGUAGCAAUCUUGCUCGGUAGAUUGCGCAUGUCCACCGAAGAAGCCCUGGAAAAAUAUCUUGACCUGGGAAAAGUCAUCUUUCACAAGAGCAACAAGAAGAAGUUCGAAAUCAGCGCAAAAUACGGACCAGAGGCACUCGUAACAGCAGUCAAAAAGCUCGUUCAAGAGCGAAAUACUAGCGAGCUCAUGUACGACCCGACUGAUGAGCCGACUACCGGCAAAGUGUUCGUUUGCGCCGUAAAUUCCGCCAAUAUUAGUGCUCCUCAACGCUUUCGCACCUACGCUUCGAAGGACAAGAAAUACAGCAACUGCAAGAUCUGGGAAGCAGCAAGAGCGACUGCGGCGGCGCCAACCUUCUUCGCUCCAAUGACGGUCAGCGACAGUGACGUCCAGGAAGAAUUUCUUGAUGGCGCGUUGGGAUACAACAACCCCAUAACUGAAGUGUUGAACGAAGCAGGCACAUCACUUGAUCCAAACCUCAAACUGGGAUGUAUUCUGAGCCUGGGGUGCGGCACCAAAGCGGACAAGACCCUCAGGAAAUCUGGUCGGUGGUUCGGCCAGGGUGUGACUUGGGGCUUGCGAAUGGCCAAAGUGAUGAAGGAAAGUUUGACGGACCCUGAUCCCAAGCACAUCGACGUUUCCAGAUUCCUCGACGCGUGGAACGAGACAUACUUUCGCUUCAGUGUCCCCGGCGCGGCCAAUGAGGUUAAACUGCCGGACUACAAGAAAAUGAAGAUGCUGAAGAAGAUGACAGAAGACUACAUGGAUCAUCCUGAAGUCGCAGCUCAGUUCGAAAAGGUUGCUCAAAUACUUGCAGAAAGGAAAACAGAAGGGGCGUGGAUUGGUUUGGUCUGUCAGCUGGAAAAGAGUGCGGUAGCCAUGUCGCUACAAGCUCGUCCUAUGGGAUUGUCUAGCAACUUCUUCACCGGAAGGGAUGACAUUCUCAGGAAGAUGGUGAAAGCGUUGCUUUCAAACCCAGAUGGGGGCAGCCAGCGACACCAGGAAUAUCUUCUCUGGGGCAUGGGCGGUAUUGGAAAGACCCAAAUCGCCCUGAGGUUUGCCGAGAUUUACGGAAACAGGUUUGAGUACGUCUUUUGGCUUGAUGCUACCAACAAAAACACGGUGCAACAAAGCUACCACAGCAUUGCGUUACAACUUGGGAUACAAACGGAUAAAGCCGAAGAAUCUCAGGCUGUUGUCCUGCAUUGGAUGAAUGCCUCCAGUGGCAAAUGGCUUCUCAUUUUCGACAAUUACGCUCACAAGGGCGACGAAUAUGGGCAGUACAACAAGAUUACCCCUAACAGAGGUAAUCUGCUGUAUUCCAGCAGAACCAACACACUUCUACAAAGGCUAGGUCCAGAGCAUGUCUCAGAAGUCCGGGAGAUGGACGACAAUGAAGCCACAACCUUCUUCAUCAAAACUCUCCACCGCACAAUCGUGGAUCCGGAAGAGCGACAGCAGUGUACGGCUCUAGUCAAGGAGCUGGGAUGCCUGCCAUUGGCAAUUGACCAAGCCGGUGCCAACAUCCACAUGACAGAGCGCAACAUUGAAGACUAUCUCACAGAGUUCCGAAAAAGGCGAGACAGAUUGUUGAGGGAGAGACAGGAGUCAACAACAGGCAUAGACAUGGAAGGUGAUCCGGCAGUAUAUGCCACCUUUGACAUGUCGUAUCUGGCCCUCCGCAGACAAUCCCGAAGGAUCAACGAAGACCAACACGCACGCGACUACGAAACAGCCAUGAAAAUCCUCAACAUCAUCUGUUUCUAUCACUACGAUAACAUACCUGAAGAGAUGAUCAUGAGAGCGGCCAACUGGCGAGGCGAGAUGCUCGAGAAGGAAGCUGGAGAAUCACAAAUAUCCAUUGAUGACCAACUCGGUGGAGACACCGACCGCAACGCUAACGUCAUUAUUGAGCUCGACGAGGACCGAAAGUGGGAUCCGACUUGGUUCCGCCGCGGUGCAAACAUCCUCAAACAGUUUUCUCUCGUGAGGAUAGACCGACAUCGGUCGCUGUCCAUGCACGUGUUAGUUCACUCCUGGGCCAGAGACAGACUGGAUACAUCAGCCAGAGACCAAUAUGGAUUCACCGAGAAGGAAUCCUACGCGCUUUCUGCUCGAUGCAUUCUGUUCGAGUCAAUACCUGAAUCGCCUCGUCCAGAAGAGUUCAGCUACCGGACCAAGCUCAUACCCCACGGCCUCGCACUCAACGAACACGCACCUCCGACAGCCAUCGGUGAUCUGUACCGUGAAGCUUAUUAUGACAAGCUCUGGGCCCGCGCCAAUGAAGAUGUUGGCAACUGGGAAGAAGCAGAGAAGUUUCUCAUCUCCUCUAUUAAACGAUAUAAGAUGGUUGGCUGGCUGGACGAAGGACGCGCCAUCAACGCCAUAGACCAACUAGGGCAUUUUUACGUCAAUCGUCAAGAAUGGCACAAGGCCCACAUGGUGCGCCUGGAAGCCUACGAGCGAUGGAGAUACAUUUGCUUCAAAAAGGACAGGCUCAGAUACGUCCGAGAAGAAGACGGGAAGGAACUUGAGACUGACUCUGAAGAAUAUAUUACGCCCAAAGAAGCGGGAGAAUACUGCCAACAUGUGAUCCUCGCCCUCCGCCGCCUAGCCGAUCUCUUUUUGCUCGCUGGAGACCCCGAAGGUCGACUCGAAGCCCUCAAAAAGGCCGACAAGAUGACCUGGGAAAGCGGCAUCAAAUCUCACCAUGAAUAUUUCCAACCCUGCGGCGACUUGAUAAUCGAGACAGAGUACCAGAUAAAGAGGGCCCAAAAUCCUGAGGCCACGGCGAACAUGACCACGGAAGAACAAGAUCAGCAGGAUAAGGAGAUUGCGAUGAAGAAGGCGGAGUACCGCAAGAAACACAAGCUCGUCGAUGAAGAAACGUUCCUUCACAAACAAGACGCGUACCGCAAGGACAUCCUCUCUUCCACCACGCUCUCCCUUCAGGAAAAGACCGACCUCUUGUGGGCCCACUACCAGGAACUCAGAGAUAUUUACGGCGACGAUGACCAAAUAACCUCAAUGGCUGAGGAUUACUUGGCCAAACUCCCCCUUCUUAUUCCCCGACAACAACAGCAGCAGCUCGAACUAAAAACGCAACAACCUCAACCCCAAAACCCCAUUCCCAACCUCCCCUGCCCGCUCCUUGUCCGCCGCCACGUCCUCUCUCUCGCCUCCAAAAAAUACGGCAAAACCCACUCCCAUACCCUCGUCUGCCUCGCCCACCAUGCCGAAGCCGUUUACAACUUAGGUCGUCUGCGUGAAGCCUUAAAACUCUCCAUCGUCUUCAAGGACAUGGUCACGAGCAUCCAUACCGCCAGCCACGAUUACUCCGUCGAAGCCGCCAAGCGCAUCAAAACCAUCAAGGCCGGUGACCCUAGGUUUUUUGAGAGCGUCAGGGCGAAGGGAGUAGGCGGCUGUUUUGCGGGCUGCACAGCGCAAAGCCACCGCGAGACGGCAACCAAACUAAACGUGCGGAAUUGGCUGAAUGCCAAGGGGGAAGUGAGGGAGGUGGUAGGUGAUUUAGAAAGAGGUUACAUGGAGAUGAUGAGGGAGACCAGGCAGAAUAGGGAGGAUUUGGAGCUGGCGGAGGGGGUGUGGAAGACGAAGGAGGAGGAGGGGAGGAGGGGGGUUCAAAUGGGACGGGAGGAGAUGGUGAUGAUGAUGCAAGUUAUGAAUUGA